AUGACCAAAGCAGGAAGACAAACGACCAAGAAGUUCUUCUGCUUGUGGUGCAACCAUGGUGGGCCGCCUCGUCUCUCAUGUGCUUCGGCCUCGUGUUGGUUUGUCCCCUGUGCAUCUGCAUUCGCCCUGGUCACUCACCGUCCUACAAGGUCGCAGCCAGUGCCAUCUCAACACCAUACGCCAUGUAUCGUGCUGCUCGCACGAGAAAAAGAAAAAGCAGUUGCAUCUACAUCACCACACAGCCAAGCCCGUCCUACGCCUGACUUCUACCGCAUUCUGGACGUCGACCCCGACAUGGAAGCGCGCCUCUGUCAACACACUGCGCUGCCUGUUAGGUUCACCCCAGAUUGGCCGUACAUACUCCGUACUACGAGCAGGAUCGAUAAUCUGACGGCAGCUCCUGUUCGCCAACAUCCCUUCCCCACAGUCACCAGCGGUCUAGCGUCUUCCAUAGCCCUUGAAACAGUUCUUCUCCGCUUCGGCCGUGACAAGCUCACCUGGCUGCGGGCAGCUCAGACCGCUGUCGGUAUGAGCUUUAUAUCCAUGAUCACCAUGGAGAUCGCAGAGAAUGCGGUGGACUAUCACCUGACUGGAGGCGCUGUGGCACUUGGUGAUCCUAUGUUUUGGACCGCAGCAGCCGUCGCCAUGGCCGCGGGCUUCAUUGCUCCGCUUCCCUACAAUUAUAUUCGGCUACGCCGUUUCGGCAAGGCUUGCCAUUAA